CCCUCCCUGCCUUCUCUCUCUCUUUCUCUCUUUCUCUCUAGGCCUCCAUCCCGGCCGGGGGCGGGCCGGGGGGCGCACGGCCGCCGCCACCAUGAGUUCCUUCAGCUAUGAGCCGUAUUACUCGACCUCGUACAAGCGGCGCUACGUGGAGACGCCCCGGGUCCACAUCUCCAGCGUGCGCAGCGGCUACAGCACGGCGCGCUCCGCUUACUCCAGCUACUCGGCGCCCGUGUCCUCCUCGCUGUCCGUGCGCCGCAGCUACUCCUCCAGCUCCGGGUCGCUGCUGCCCAGCCUGGAGAACCUCGACCUGAGUCAGGUGGCGGCCAUCAGCAACGACCUCAAGUCCAUCCGCACGCAGGAGAAGGCGCAGCUGCAGGACCUCAACGACCGCUUCGCCAGCUUCAUCGAGCGCGUGCACGAGCUGGAGCAGCAGAAUAAGGUGCUGGAGGCCGAGCUGCUGGUGCUGCGCCAGAAGCACUCGGAGCCGUCCCGCUUCCGGGCGCUGUACGAGCAGGAGAUCCGUGACCUGCGCCUGGCGGCCGAGGACGCCACGACCGAGAAGCAGGCGCUGCAGGGCGAGCGCGAGGGGCUGGAGGAGACGCUGCGCACGCUGCAGGCGCGCUACGAGGAGGAGGUGCUGAGCCGCGAGGACGCCGAGGGCCGCCUGAUGGAGGCGCGCAAGGGCGCCGACGAGGCCGCGCUGGCGCGCGCCGAGCUGGAGAAGCGCAUCGACAGCCUGAUGGACGAGAUCGCCUUCCUGAAGAAGGUGCACGAGGAAGAGAUCGCCGAGCUGCAGGCCCAGAUCCAGUACGCGCAGAUCUCCGUGGAGAUGGACGUGUCCUCCAAGCCCGACCUCUCCGCCGCGCUCAAGGACAUCCGCGCCCAGUACGAGAAGCUGGCCGCCAAGAACAUGCAGAACGCCGAGGAGUGGUUCAAGAGCCGCUUCACGGUGCUCACCGAGAGCGCCGCCAAGAACACCGACGCCGUGCGCGCCGCCAAGGACGAGGUGUCCGAGAGCCGCCGCCUGCUCAAGGCCAAGACCCUGGAGAUCGAGGCCUGCCGGGGCAUGAACGAGGCGCUGGAGAAGCAGCUCCAGGAGCUGGAGGACAAGCAGAACGCCGACAUCAGCGCCAUGCAGGACACCAUCAACAAAUUGGAAAAUGAGCUGAGGACCACAAAGAGUGAAAUGGCAAGAUACCUGAAAGAAUAUCAGGACCUCCUGAAUGUGAAGAUGGCCCUGGACAUUGAGAUCGCAGCUUACAGGAAACUCUUGGAAGGUGAAGAGACCCGGCUCAGCUUUACAAGCAUGGGCAGCCUCUCCAGUAGCUACUCCCAGAGCUCCCAGCUCUUCGGCCGAUCUACCUAUGGUGGUCUGCAGACCAGCUCCUACCUGAUGUCCGCCCGCUCCUUCCCCUCCUACUACACUAGCCAUGUCCAGGAAGAGCAGAUCGAGGUGGAGGAGACCAUUGAGGCCACCAAAGCUGAGGAAGCUAAGGAUGAGCCCCCCUCGGAAGGGGAAGCCGAGGAGGAGGAGAAGGAGAAGGAAGAAGCUGAGGAAGAGGAGGGAGGGGAAGAGGAAGAAGCCAAGGAAGAAUCUGAAGAUGCAAAGGAGGAAGAAGAAGGAGGAGGUGAUGGCGAGGAAGAAGACACCAAAGAAUCCGAAGAGGAUGAGAAGAAAGAGGAAGGUGCUGGAGAGGAGCAAGCAACAAAGAAGAAAGAUUGAGCCCCACCCCCACCCCUACCCCCACUUUCCUUAACUAUUCCCACAAUAAUUCUCCCCAAAUCAGGUCAACCUCAUCACCAACCAGCCAGUUGAGUUGCAGAUCCUAUAUGAAUUACGAAGUCACUACAUGUAUAAUUCUGAGAUGAUUAGGUUGGACAUUCAGUGUUGUGCUAUGAAUUUUUCUCCUUAUGCAGAGUAUCUGUUAGCUUGCAGAGUGGCUUUCUGGCUGCCGCCAGCCUAUGCAUGGUUCACGCUUAUGAGUUCAGGAUCUUUGGCAAUGAGAAUCAUUCAGAUGUUUACAAUUAAAGAAAAAAACAAAUGAAUUCACUCAUGUUAAUGUUAAACUUCAUGAAAAAUUAAUCCUUUGAUCCUUUGGUGGUUAGAAACUAAAGACCUUGAGUUAUGUGCAAUAAAUAGUAAAUAAAGAUACACUGAAUGACAUGGCUGGCUGUGUUUUUGACUUAAUUAAAAUACCUUAAAGAUAGUACAGGUGUAAAGCAUAUACAAGCAGAUUGUUGACCUUGGAGCUUUUGUACAAUCCAGAGGUUAACAGCUACAGUACUUUUGUUUUUAAUUCCUCAAUUGGAAAUUCUGAGGGUUAUGAGGAAGUCUCUUCCCUCAAAAAUCUUGCUGAUGAUAAACCAUGAGCGAGAAUACACAAAAAAAAAAACACCAAAUUUGCUCCAUAAAGUUAGAAGAUGGCUACCUAGGAGAUAAUUUCGAAAUUAGGUGACAAAUAUAUUCUUUGUGGCCAACUAGUAUGGAAUGUAAUCAUGCAAUGUGAGCCAAAUAGAAAUCCACAGUUAUUACAACUACAUUUUCAAUAUCAAGGGUGGCAGUUGGACCUGAGCUCACGAUCAAAUCAAGAGGAAUACUUUUUCAUCAAUGUUUAGGUGUGGUAGAGAAGGUAAGACCAUCAAAGGUUAUUUGUCCCUGGAAACACAUUGCCUACAAUCCUGAACUCAUGGUUCUGUGUGCUAUUAGCUUAAUCCUAUUGCUUCAAAUAAAUAUCAUUUAAUGCCACACAUUUUGAAGCCUUUAAAAAAUCACAAAGAUGGAUGAUGACAUUAUCAAUCACAUAAGAGGGAGAAAAUGCAUAUGUGUUACAUUGAUAUUGUCCUGCAUGUCUUACCUGGAGAAUACUUGGAUUCUAAUGAUAGCUUAACUGGUUGAAUAUUGCAUCAAAUAAAUACCCCGCCUGUCUGUGUCCACUGUGGCAUUAUGAAAACUCUGUAUUUGAUGUGAGAUUGAGAUGCAAUUAUUGACUAUUGCAACUAUGCUUCUGUUCUUAAACAACUGCGCUUGCCAGCUAAUUUUGUUCAAUAUCUGCUUUAGAUGACCUUUAAAAGUCAUGUAUUGCACCUAACACCAAAGCGGCUGCCAUUUCAAGUUAUCUGAAGGCUUUGCACUACUUACUUUUAGUGAAUAUGUGAGUGUACAAGUAAGUAAAAUAUUUCCUUGUCUACCAUGAUGUGGAUAUGUGUAAAAAGUAACCGUCCACGUGGAAAUAGUUUGUUGGGGUGAGAAAUUCUUGAGUGAAGUACAAACACCGUUCCAUACUCUGUCCUGUGUGCCAUAAUAAAAUACUG